CGCCAAUAAAAUGCAAGUGAAAAGGUGGAGGAGGGAAAGCAGUAACAAUUGUGAUAUUAAGGGACAGUUGGAACAGUUGGCACAGUGCACAGAAAGAUACACAGUUAGAAAGGGAUAAUAAGAAUAAUAAUAAUGUACCUCUUUCUGAUUUGACCAUAAAACACACAGAAAUUCCUUAAUAUCUGCAUACACAUAUACAUAUAUAUAAUAUAUUCAAGAUACCACUUGUAAUAACAAUACCUACUGUUGCAUUAGAAUAUUAUAACCGAGUGAAUAAGCACAUUUUUACACAGACUACAAUCGAGGUUCUACGAUCAAAAUUUAUUCCCCUGACUAUAUACAUGCAUUUAUAUACAUAUAUAUAAUAUCCCGUCCCAUUGGUAUACAAUUUAAUUCUACUUGAAAAGAGACGUUAUAAGGAGUAGUUAAUCAGUCAUCUGAGCGUUAUUCACUUAACAAAUAAUUGAAAUGCAAAACACCUAUUCAUCAAAUGGUUAUAAUGAGUAUCUAAGGUCGAUUAUCGGAAGUGGAAUUCAACAGAAUAUCCCUACACAGAAUGUAGAGUCAAACUCUGAACCAUGGAGUCAGAAUACACUAUUAAACAGUUUAACAUUAUGGAGUAUGUUUAUGAAAGGUAUUCAUCAAUUGAAUAAUAACAAUAAUUCUAAUCAAAACUGUGAUGCCUACAAUAAAUUAACGUCUAGCGAAGAAGAAAUGACAACAUUCAAUUCUUCAAUGAAACCGAUAGACUUGUCAGUUUUGUCAACAGAUACUAAUCCAAUAAUGAAUAUAUCCCAUUGUGAAGAAACUAUCAAUAAACUGUCUACAAAUCAACCCUAUGUAGACAAUUCUUACUUAAACUAUCAUUACUGUCAGUCGAAAGAUUUCACAUCAGUGUUGAACGCGUUAAACAGCCUACUCAGUAUGACUAAUCCUUAUAUGAAAUCAGUGAAUCAACCGUCGACAGCAACACUCCCUCCACCUGCAACAACAACACCAACAACAAGAACAAGUGACUUCAACUCUGAGCAAUGUCAAUUUCCCGCAAAUCCUUCCACUAUAUGGAAUCCUAAUACUACUACCACUGUCAAUAAUUCAUCAGUGAAUAUUUCAAAAACUGAGAAAUUGAACACAUCACCAACAUCUUCAUCAUCAUCACCCUCGUCAUCUUCAUCAUCAUCAUCGUGGAGUAAACAGUCGAAGUUUUCAAUUUUAGAACUUAUCAAUACCUCAAAAGACACAGAGAAGAAGUGUUUAUUAUCGGAUCAAAGUACACCGAUAAAAAGUAUGAGUCAUGCAAGAAAUAAGCGUUUCCGAUGUCCACUGUGCAGUCAUACAUUUUCUACACAAAACAGCCUAACAAAACACACAACUUCUAUCCAUGUGAUGCCUCAGUGUUUGAAUCAGAUCAGUUCACAGAAACAUCCCCAGUCAAUGAAAUCAUCACCACUGAUGACAACAAGAGUGGAUGAUAAAUGCUCGCCAAGUCUUGUUAGUGAGAAGAUCAAAUGUCAUGAGAAUAGAUUUGAAAGUAUGAGUAGACCACAGUCUAUCUUGUUGAAUAAUAAAGAUAAUGAUGCAUCGAUAGGAUUCAAUGGGAAUUCGACAUUUCCUUACAGUCAUAACACAAGCGGUAGCACUGAUGAUAAUAAUAAUGACGAACAUUCAAGUCAGAUGAAUUCCCCGCUGACUGGAACAAUGCCAUGCACACCGCAAACACAAAAUCCUCACAAUCCUCACCAUCAUCAUAAUUAUGGCCAUCCGUAUUUCUGUCAUUUAUGCAAUAAAGUUUACUAUUCAAUGUCUGCAUUGAAAAUGCAUGUACGCACGCAUACCUUACCGUGCAAGUGUAAUCUGUGCGGUAAGGCAUUUUCACGUAUGUGGUUAUUGAAUGGACAUUUGAGAACGCAUACAGGCGAGAAACCCUUUGCUUGUAUAAUCUGUACACGAGCAUUUGCUGACAGAUCGAAUUUAAGAGCACAUAUGCAAACACACUCGGAAGUGAAACGAUAUCAGUGUAGUCAUUGUGAUAGAACAUUUUCACGUAUGGGAUUAUUGACAAAGCAUCAGACAACAUCAUGUUUACAGCAACAACACAACAACAGCAAGUUAAAAAGUCGUCGACAAAAUCACGUAACACUACUAUUACUACUAAUAAUAGUAGUAAUAAAGUAAAUGGAUAUAUAUUUGACAAUAAAAUCAUACCUGAAUCUAAAAAACUGAGAAAUAUUCAUUAAAGCCUAUGAGUUGUGAAAGACAAAAAAAUAUCAUGAAUAAACUGAUUCUUAUCCCUCAUAUCCCAGUCUUAUUUCUUCUAAAAAAAAUUGAAUACUAUUCCGUAAUCGUUGUAGUAUUAGUAGUGGUGUGGCGUUUCCUACUGAUAAAAGCAAGAGGAUUGAGUGAACGAAGAAAUAUGGACUUUUCAAUUAAAUUCUCG